ACGUGGUUCGAUGCGGCGAAGUGUGAAACUUGUUUUUGUUUACGUUUCCAAUUUGAUUACGAACGGUCGCACGAAAUGAAAUGUCAAAAACACGUUUUUUCGCGUGCCGAUUAAGCUGUAAAAGGGGGCCGAUUGAACUACUACUACUGCUGUGGCUGCUGCUGUUCCCGUGUGCAAGACGGAUAGUGUACCGAAUUACCGAUGGAUGAUUUGUUUUGGUUUGCAGCUGAGCGAUAAGAAGUGAGGCCAGACUUGUGAGGAAUAUUUUCUAACCCGGACGAUGAAAACGAUGUGUGGCUAUGAUUGGAAACAUUAUCAUGAGCAACUUCAGAAACCCAGCCAAAGCGGCACAGCGACAGAAACUGAUGGACGUCCUCGCUUCAAUGAAUACUGCAUCCAGGACAGCUCAAUCCGAGUUCAUUACCCAGAAGAUUCUACAGCUUCCAUUCUUCGAACGCUGCCGAAGGAUCAGCAUUUAUUUGAGCACCGAAGGGGAGGUUUCCACCGUUCCGUUGCUGAAAGAGCUGUUUCGGCAAAACAAGGAGGUUUUCGUUCCGACGUACAACCGGACAGCAAUGCGGAUGGUAAAGCUCAAUGACAUGGCCGACUACGACAGUCUGCCGAAAACCAGCUGGAAUAUUAAACAACCGGACUUUGCGGAUGCCACCCGGGAGGACUGUCUGGCAGCAACAGUUGGACUCGAUCUGAUCAUUCUGCCCGGUGUCGCUUUCACGCGUAGCGGCGCUCGUCUCGGUCACGGCGGAGGAUACUACGAUCGUUAUCUGCGUGAGUACUUUGGUAAAUUCCCAGCAGAAGGAGCGAACAAAAAAACUUACCUCGUUGGAGUGGCAUUCCGGGAGCAAAUAAUCCCCGAAGGCACUCUGCCAACCGAUGAACAUGACUUCCCGCUGGAUAUGGUCAUCUUCCCGGACGGACCAGAAAACCUCUAAUACUGGACAUGGAUUUCUUUUCACAAUAAAAUAAUUCGUCAGAA